AUGGGACAAAGAAACAUGCUAUGCACCAAUCAGAUGAUUGAUUUAGAAAUGGAUCAACAAAGCCAGGGAUAUCUACAUCCUGAGCCCUGCAUUCUUUUAGGGGCUGUGACAAACUUCAGACCGCCUGAUAUUCCUACCAUGGUAACAGCUUCUGGGAACCCUAUCAAUCGUGAUGCCCAUCUAGGAGAUCGCUAUGAUGGUGCUAUGUUUUAUGGGAUGCCCCAAUACCAUGGUGUUCAUCCUCAUCCUCAAUUUCAUGGCCCAAAUCUUGAUUUAAGUGUUGCUACUGCACCCAACUUUUAUGUUCCUUACAUGACUCCAUCUUCUGGUAUUCCUAUCAGUCACACGUCUUGUGAUCAGUUAUCAUCUUCCAACAAUUAUGGAGUGAUUGGAGUUUCUGCUGAUGAGUAUGGCACAAACAGUCACUUAAUGGAUAAUGCUAGAGGUUCGUACAAGAGAAAGAAUGCUGAAGGAAACCUAGGGAAUUUCCAGUAUCUGAAUGCCUCGGCAAGCUCUAGUUCUUCAGUUGCCCCAUUGAAUACAAGGCAUCCUGAGGGGGUUGCUCUGAUGGAUGCUACUUCAUUCCCCCCACCACAAUACAGAGGGAGCAGUGCUUCAUCAAUCAGGGAAACAGGAUCUCAAAGAAGUGUGAGGAAUAGAUUAGGUGCUGCUGGGCUUGAUCCUGCUCUGGCGCACAACCCAAACCAUUUUAUUCAAGGAAACUAUUUGUGUCAACCCUAUCAGCCAGGUGGCUCUCCCUGGUUAGAUCAACACUUAAGCAACAGUUCUACUGAUGCAGGCACUUCAGGAUGGACUCAGACCCCUACUAUUCCUUACAUGCAUGGGAACAAUGUCAAUGGAGGUCCUAUAGAAACUGGAAGUAUGGGUCUACGGUAUCAUGAGCCAGCUAGUAACAGAAGCAAUGCCAGUUUCUCACACCCUUCUCCAGUUAACCUUCAGCACCGCAAUUUUCAUCAUCUGUCUCCACCAAUUCAAGGAAUGAGAGGCCACAACAUUAAUAUUCUUCCUCAAGCACCAGCAGCUUCAUUCAGAGUUCCUUCAGCCAAUGCCUCACAAAGCACUAUGAAUCCAUCUCAAGAUGGUUUAGAUAUUGGACUUAGGCAUCCCGGAUCUGUUCAACCAACCAGCCUUAGAAUGUACAGGCCUCACCGUGAGGGAGUUGUACCUGAGACCACACUAAGACAUCGCAACCUCCCUCACUUGAGAGUGUUGCCAACAGAUGGGGUAGCAAUACUAGGUUUCCCUGACUAUUAUGAAGUAGAGAAUUAUGUUGACCACCACAGAGAUAUGCGCUUGGAUAUAGAGGACAUGUCUUAUGAGGAGCUUCUUGCACUAGGGGAGCGUAUUGGUAAUGUAAAUACUGGACUAUCAGAGGGAACCAUCAGAAGCCAAUUAAAAACAAGAACUUAUUUAUCAUCUCCUUCAAUCAAUUUGGAAGAGGCAGCUUGUAUGGAUCAAGAAGCUGAUUCUUGCAUUAUUUGCCAGGAUGAUUAUAAGAGCAAGGAGAAAAUCGCAACUCUUGAUUGUGGGCAUGAGUAUCAUGCAGAUUGCUUGAAGAAGUGGCUACGCUUGAAAAAUGUCUGCCCCAUAUGCAAAUCUGAAGCCUUAAGCACGUAA